AUGAAGUUAAUUAUAUUAGACGACUACCAGAAAGUGUCCGAAUGGACGGCCAAAUACAUCCGCAAGACUAUCAACAACUUCAAGCCCGGACCCGACCGCUACUUCACCCUCGGUUUGCCCACCGACGACUACCAGAAAGUGUCCGAAUGGACGGCCAAAUACAUCCGCAAGACUAUCAACAACUUCAAGCCCGGACCCGACCGCUACUUCACCCUCGGUUUGCCCACCGGUAGUACACCUCUCGGCACUUAUCAGAAGUUAAUCCAAUACUAUAAAGAGGGCACGAUAUCAUUCAAAUACGUGAAGACAUUCAAUAUGGAUGAGUACGUGGGUCUGCCGCGAGACCAUCCCGAGAGUUACCACUCGUUUAUGUACCACUCCUUCUUCAAACACAUAGACAUCGAUCCCUCCAAUACUCAUAUUCUGGACGGAAACGCAUCCGAUCUGAAGGCAGAGUGCGAUCGCUUCGAGCGACUCAUCAAAGAGUCGGGAGGUAUUGAGCUGUUUGUGGGCGGCAUUGGACCGGACGGUCACAUCGCGUUCAAUGAGCCCGGAUCCAGUCUCGCCUCAAGAACUCGCGUCAAAACACUGGCCGACGACACAAUUCUAGCGAACGCCCGCUUCUUCGGCAACGACUUAUCCAAAGUGCCGACAGAAGCGCUCACUGUUGGCGUCGGAACUGUUAUGGACUCCAAAGAGGUGAUAAUCCUCAUCACUGGACAGCAUAAGGCGUUUGCGCUCUACAAAGCCAUCGAGGAAGGGGUCAAUCAUAUGUGGACUGUGUCUGCCUUUCAAUUACAUCCGUCCACUCUCUUCAUCUGCGACGAAGACGCCACUCAUGAGCUCAGAGUGAAAACUGUUAAAUACUUCAAAGGAUUAAUGAGAGUUCACAACAAACUCGUAGAGGAUUAA